AAGGCACCAUAAGCUCCUCCUCCGGUAGUCCGAGCGGGAAGUUCAGAAAGAUGGCUGCCUCUUUGAAAUAAUAUUCAUAUUUUCUGCUGCUCAUUCAACACAGAAGGCACUUUAGAGGAACUGUAACCGGCUAGUUUGUAUCCACUGACUUCUAUCGGGUCUCAGGCUCUUCUCGUGUAGUUUUAUCGAUAAGUGAAGCCAUCUUAGCCUCUUUUUCAGUGACUGAGGAACAUCUCGGCAGUCAUGUCCAGUGAGGAGACGAGCAGCUCUGCGUCCAGGUGCUUCGGACAGCUUACCUACACAGCUGAGGAGUACCAGGCGGUGCAAGAUGCUCUGCGACAGAAGCUGGGACCAGAGUACAUCAGCACCAGAAUGGCCGGAGGAGGACAGAAGGUAUGCUACAUUGAAGGCCAUCGUGUCAUCAGCUUGGCCAAUGAGAUGUUUGGAUACAAUGGAUGGUCUCACUCCAUUUCCCAGCAGAAUGUUGAUUUCGUAGACCUCAUCAACGGGAAGUUUUACGUCGGUGUCAGCGCAUUUGUUAAAGUGCAGCUCAAGGAUGGAUCGUUUCAUGAGGAUGUUGGCUAUGGAGUCAGCGAAGGACUAAAGUCGAAAGCUCUGUCACUGGAAAAGGCGAGGAAGGAAGCAGUCACUGAUGGCAUGAAGAGAGCUCUGAAAUGUUUUGGUAAUGCUCUUGGUAACUGCAUCUUGGAUAAAGAAUACCUCCUAGCCAUUAACAAGAUCCCCAAGCAGCCACCACCUCCUCUAGAUCCAGCCCGGACUAAGCGUACUGAAGGUGAGCCGUCGGUGGAGAAGGCCCGGUUUGGCAGUCUGCUUCGAGAGGACAGUCUUAUAUCAGCACCAGUUCCUGUCAGGACGCCGCUGGAGCCCAGAAUCAUCAACCAGAAUCAGAGUCAUUCAGAAGUUCACACUCCCAAUGCUCCCGACCCUGCACCUGGCACAAAGAGUGAGAAUAUCAGCUCCAGGUCAGAAACACACACAGACUCUAAACAGCUGAGAAAACUCAGACAGCAGCAGCUUCAGCAGAAGUUCAGGAGAGAGAUGGAGGCCAAGAAGCUGCAGCAGAAGCAAGACCGAGCCAAAUCUGAGGAGGCAGAGGUCACUAUAGGACAAGGAUCCAGUGAAGGUGCUGAAGCUGAACUCAGGAAGUCCACCAGCAGCAGAGAUGUGUAUUUAGCAGAUGACCCUGAGCUCUGGGAUUUCACUCUUUAUGGGAUUGAGGAUCUGGAUGUCCCUGCGGCUGCCCCUUCGCCCAGAGGAACCCGGCCCAGCACGCCUGGGAAUCAUCAGAUGCAGACGCGUAGUAAAACCCCUCAGAGGACCGCGGACAGGCCACCAGAGGCCCGGCCAAACAGCAGAGGACAGGAGCAGGCUCAGUACAGACCUCAGCAGCAGAACCAGUAUCAGGGCAGACCAGGUGAAGCCUCGAGUCCAUACAGACAAGGACAGUUCAUGAAAAAACGCAGGCUGGACACCUGACAUCCAGCGACUAUUUUGCUUUUACUUCACUUUGUACAUUUUAAAUUGUAAAGAAUUGCUGCUUUAUAUACAUCUGGAUACAUGUUUUCUUAUUUUGUUAAAAAAUAAAAACAUAACCAAACUAGGAAUCCUGCCAGAUUUAUUUGAAAAAGUGAAAUUUAAUUUCAGAUGACACAAUGAAAUGACUUUUGAUACAUAACUUCUUAAUUAUCUUUAGAAUGUAGCCAUUUGUUCAUAUUGAAAAAUUAUGACUUUGUUUAAAAACAAAAAUCAAACCUCUACGUAACAAAAACUAACCAUGAUCAAAUUUUUGAAAAACACACAUAAACGUGCCUUUUACCUGAUUUAUCUUUUAUUUUUUUUUUUAAGUUUUGUACAAUGUGAAAAACAUACACAAAACAGACACUGGAUCACAGGAAGUCAGUAAGGAGGGAUCAGAAAUAAGAGUAUAACUGCGUGUCAGUAGGCUCAAACA